AUUUACUUUCGUUUCGUCAUGUCACUUGAGUUGUUUGUGAAAUAGUUGCUUACAGAAAGGAUUAAAAGCAGACAACAGCAAUAUUUUACAUUAUUAUUUCAAACAGAUAACCAACAUCGAUGUAAAUAUGUCGUUAACAAAAACGGAAGCACUAAAAGAAACUGUGACGGUGUUAAUAAAUGCUAUAGGAGAUAAGGAGAACUCAGUCAACAAUGUUGUCAUAAAGUCCCUAACGAAGAUAGCGAAUAACUACCCGAAUGAAGUGAUUGAUAUAUUUUGUGAUUAUUACAAGAAUGCGACAUUCGUCACUAGUACACAUUUGGGAAAUGUUGUAAAAGUCCUAGAGCAAACAUGCGUGAACCAAGUGAAGCGGCUGGACAAGGCCAUAGCAGAAGAGUUGACGAGCAACAUGCUCCGUAUAAUGACAGAAAACUCGGAACAGGAUCCUGCUGUGCAGAUGGGGGCGUCGGCAGUGCUGGUUGCGAUUGGACAUGAACAUCUGGACUUGGUCCUCCGUUCGCUAAUAAACCAGCUGCCAGCAUCGUCAGUGCCUCACUACACGAUCGCCCACACGCUGGGCACGCUAGCGGCGGUGAACACACGUGCAACGGUGCCGCAUGUUAAGGAGGUGCUGUCCAGGAUGCUGCCUCUGCUGCCGCUGCUGCGUCAGAACGCCAACAAGCAGGCAUUUGCUUACGCAUUCGGCCACUUCGCGGUCGCCGUGUCAGAGCAGAUUGGCGACAACGUCGAAAACGACAACAUAACGUCCAUCAAAGACAACUUUGUCACCGAAUUCUCUCUCAUAUUCGACGUGUUAUACAACCAAUGGCUAACCUCCAACGAGCCUAGAGUCGCCGAGUCCGUACUGGAGGCCUUAGGCCCCAUCACUAGACUCAUAUCUGAAAGACAGUUCAACGAUACUGUCAAUAAGUUCAUGCUUUCAUUGCUCAGUCUUUACAGAAGACCGCAACUGAAUCUAUAUUACGUCAGUCAAUGUAUAUCGUAUUUACUCACUCCAUCGGCUCUCAACCCAAAAUUAACUUUGCAGGACAGCGUAAUCACCUCCAUAAACCAUGUCCUCUUCAAUCUAGUUCUCUUAGAACCGGAUUACGAUCAGCCGCAUACAGUGAAGAAUCAUUUCGAAGUGCUUCGCUGCUUCGAUCAUAUGGCCACGCAGUUUUCCGACCAUACUGUCGAAGGCCUCUUACACCAGUGUAAAAAUAAUCAGGAAAAGGACAGAAUGAAAGCUGUCAUCGUUCUCACUCAUCUGAUCACGUCUUCACAAAUAUUCAUCGAAAGAUUCGCUGCGAAAUUUAUAGUUUUACUCAAAAUUAUGAUAGCCAACGAGCAAGGGCUUAAAAUGAAGAAACUCCUCGUUAAAGCGAUCGUGGGAUUGGUUUAUAGAAACUGUAUAACGGUUGCGGAAGAUUUCGCGAUGGUCGAGUUCAUAAUAAAACACUGUGGCUUCGAACCAGUAGGGAAUAUCCCGAAGCAUGAGAUCACAGAUUUGCACGAUACGUGUAAGAGUUCGCUAGUGCUGAUGUGCAAUACUGUGACCAGCGUAAGAACUCCUCUACGUAAUUUAUUGCUUAAUGCUUUGACAGUCGAAGAGUUUACUCCUUCCAUGUCAACCGUCAGCCAUUGCUUGACGUCUUUACUUCAGAACAAUUCUGAAGUCAUUGUUGAAGAUCAAAACGAGAAAGCUGUUGAGCUAAAAUGCUCUCCAGACCUUGUUUUCAUUAGAUGCAUUACUCAUAUAGCUGUCCCUGAGGAAAUCGAAAGGAAUAGAAACUUAUUGUUGUUUUUAGAGGAAUAUUCAGGGGAUGUUCAUAAGAAUUUAAAGAACUCCUGGACUGUUGAGAUUCAGAGGCUUUUAAAAUUUGUAGAGAAGAACGAAUCUCAAGAUCAAUGGCAUGGGAUGUUGCUUGAUCUCCUAGUAUCAGCAGUGGAGCAGGUGAACAAUAAUAAGUGGGUAGAAACGAUCGCCACUUUACUAUCCCAACAGAUCAACGCAAAGAAGCAGGGAAAUAUGAUUAAAGGAGUAUCUCUUCAGUAUUUAGCUAUUCUUUCCUGCCACAUGUCUAAUGCUGCUGUUGUGGAAAAAGUGCUUAAACUGAUUCUACAUCAGUUGAGAUCAAUACCUAUGGAGAUUUCUGAUUAUGUCAGUGAAGCUAUAGGUAUAGCUUCAAGACAGCAUGGAGAAUUCGUGCUGAAUGAGCUAGAUGCAGCUUACAAGGACAAUGAAGCUCGAAGAAGCAGCAAAUUGCUUAAUUUCUUAUCAUCAAGAGCUUCUAGAAGCGACGUUGAGCUCGGUAUCGUUAAAUACACCAUCAUUAUUUGCUACGGAAAGGUAGCUCACAAUUGCUUGGAUGUCCACGUUUUAGCGAGACUCGGGGAGAAUGUUACGGCGAUUCUGUAUGAGAUUCUAAAGUCUAAUCCGCAGUUUGACUUAUGUAAAGCGAGUAUAACGACACUAUACGAAAUAAGCAAAGCAUUAUAUCCAGCGUCACAUCAUAAUAUCACUUUGAGGAACAGAUGGCAGUUACUUAACGCUGUUUUAGAGCAGAUCUACAACUCAAACCUGGAGAAACGUAAUGUGGAACUGUACCCAAUGAUUGUAAAAGCUUCUAAAGCGCUAACUAAACUACAAAAAGGUAUACUACCUGAGGAAAGAAACACAAUUCUCCGCGUUUUAUUCAGCAGCGUCUUUGGAGAACUUUCCUCUUAUAAAAGGAAAUAUGAAAUGGAAGGGAACGGAGAUAGAAACGAUCUUUUAGCUAAGACUUUAAAUGACAGCUUGUCAUUAUUACAUAGACUGAUUCAAGAACUGAUCAUACAAUCAACAUGUCUUAGCACGAUCGAUGAUUUAAUAGGAUUGCUGAUCGAAUGGCUUCGACACGAAAAUGAUGAAAUUCGAACUGCAUCUAUACUGAUCUUACAAGUCAUGUUCGAUACUUACAUCAAAAAUGUUAAACUCAACUAUGAAACUCCAAGCAAGUUUGGUCAGAUGGGUUAUCUACUUGGACUAAUCGUCCCAGGAAUCGCUGACACCAACUUCCCAGUCAGACUAACCACAAUAGACUGCAUCAAACUGAUCAUACAAAUCCAAGACUUAUACGAAGGCCACACAAUAGAACCCAACGAUGAAUGCAUGGCCGAUUUAGUUGAAAUGCAAAAGAAUGUCCUCACGAAUGAUUUAGGAAUGAUAAAUGAUUACUGCAUGGUUUUGUGUGACGUUAUAUCUCCUAAAAUCCCUCAUCAUCACACGAUGCAGUUUGUUGAAAGUUUGCUAGAAGGUUAUGAUGACCAGGAGUUGAGAAGCGAGGGGGUUAGUGCGGUUUUAGACGCGCUAUUUGUUAAGCGAGGUCAGGAUUUGUUUCAAUGUAUAGAGAGGAUAGUGGAAGUGGUGUUGGGGACUAUGGAUCGUGUGGGGGAGGCGUCGCGAGAGAAGUUGAUGGCGCCUCUGCUGUCAUUAGCGGGGCAUCACACUAAUGCGGUUACUGCUAUGCUGUUGGCGCAGCGGCUGCCUUUUAAAGAAUCGGUAGUCAGUUGCUGGCGCCAUCUAGCGAGAGACGAAGGCCUAGCGAAUGCUAUUGUUGACAACUUCCUACGUCUCAUGGGAUCUAUAGAGCUGUACGAGGAUCCGUAUCAUAUAACGGAGAACCAUAUCGCGGCGUUACAGCCUUUGACUCUAAUAAGCGCUCUCGGAGAGAUGCUUCAAGAGGAGACCAUGCACCCGAUAUGCGAGUCCAAAUUCACGGACCUUUUCGCUGUGCUCUACACAACAUUAGCCUGUUAUAUAGAGGCCGAGCCUCCGGCCUACGCGCCGGCUCAGAACAAGUCUCAAGAGCGCUUUGGGUUCAUCCCGAAUAGAGAUUCUAUAAGACUGUCGCCUGCGAAGAUCACUAUUAACACGUUUAAUGCGUUUUUGGAUAGAUCGGGGUGUUCUAAGGUGAAAGAAGCCUGUUCUCUCUGUCUAAGCGUCGAGCACGGCGACCCCAGCACGACCAUUCUCGAACUAGCGCCUAUACUAAGUUCCUCCAUCGCUCGCUGCAAACCGGCUUUGUUACCUAAACUAGUAUCGCGAGUGGCUGUUCAUGCUAGGAGCGCUCUACCUCCACAGAGAGCUGCGGCGCACGCUGCCGCUCAUGCUGCAUUGACUUACAGGUGUAACGACAACCCAGUCCUCAUCGAGACUGUGCUCGCCAUCUUGAAUAUCGGCUGGAAGGACGAGCAUCCACGAGUCCGUGCGACAUGUCUGCGCGGCGCGGCGGGCGUGGCGCAGCUACGGCCCGAGCACCGCGCGCAGGCGCUGCCUGGGGCGCUGUCUGCGCUGAGUCAGGGCAUCGAUGCGCCAGUUACACAAAAAUCAACAGAUAACGUGCCUCUAGCUGCCAUCCAAGGCCUAAGCCGCCUACUCCUUGACCUGGACAAACUAGACAAAGAACAUGAUCGAGAACUGCUCUCAAUCUCCCAGAAAAUACGACCAUUCAUGAACACGGAGUCAGGGCAGCUGCGAGAGAGCUCUAUAAGACUGUUCGGUAUUAUAGCAGGGCUGGUCAAGGGCGAGCUGGUCGAGCAGGCCGUGAGCUCGCUGCCUUGUUUCCUGCUGCAUUUGUGUGAUAACAACCCCGCUGUUGUGAGGGCAAGCAAAUUCACCCUCAAGCAGGUAUUCAAGAUCUUCAACGUAAAGAAAUCCAACGAUCUCAUCCAAACGCACCUACUAGACGAAGGGCGAUUGUACCUCGACGAGUUUCUCUCGGCGUUGCUACGUCAGUUGGCGGACGAGAUGCCAAGCAGUGUGGCCAAGUGUAUCCAGAGUAGUGUCAACUAUUUACAUUGUGCCAGGGAGGAAAUUAAGCCUCAUCCACCUUUGUUGAUAGGCCUCCUCUACGCAGAGCUCCACCGCAUAUCGGAGAAGCACCCUGACGACGUAGACCUCGACCCGGACGUGACGGCCACCGCCAAGACCCGCCUGCUGACCCUCAUCAAGGACGCCAACCCAGUAGUCCGGCAGAACUCGGCCCUGGCCCUGGCUAAUAUAUGCCUGGUCGAGGCGAGCGAUUGACCCGCGACCAUAUAUUGUUACAAGGGUGUUCAGUUUAACAAACGGUUUUGAAUACUGUAUUGCUGUUUAGGCCCACUUGCACCAUUCCACUAACCCGGGGUUAACCAGUUAAACCAGGAGUUACCAUGGUUACCAGUACAAUUUGACACUAGGUUAACGGUUUAACCGCUUAACCCCGGGUUAGUGAGAUGGUGCAAGUGAGCCUUACUGUUGUGUCACUUGUAAAACAAAUCUAUCACCUUGUAAAACAAAGUCCCCCGCCGCGUCUGUCUAUUUGUGUGUUUGUUCGCGAUAAACUCAAAAACUACUGUACGGAUUUUCAUGCGGUUCACAGCUAUCAAUAGAGUGAUUCUUGAGGAAUGUUUAGUUGUAUUAUUUGUUAACCCGUGCGAAUCCGGGGCGGGUCGCUAGUAUGUGAUACUUAGGGCAUACUGAAAAUUCCUGGACUGGCCACUUAGAAAAAAAUAAGUUUUCUCAUAUAUCAGAAUCCAGAAACUUUCGGUGUGGCCCACGUAAAAUAAAGAAAAACAAAAUGCUGUCCUGGUCAAACAUCAUAGUAUUCAUAGUAUCGACUCCAAAAAUUCUUCUAUUCAAGGGGGGUCAACUAUAUUUGCUAUAUGAAACAAUUUGAGUUGGAAAGCAGUAUGAAAUAAGGGUUUUAUAUUAUUUUAGGCCAAAAUUAGUCAUAUUAUAAUUUUACCAGUGUUUAUGGCUAUUUAAGUCUAUUAUUUUUUUUAUAGUAUAUUGAUUUUUUUUAUAGUUAUUGCAUAUUUUUCAUAGUUAUUACGUGUUUUGUAUGGACUGAACACAAUUAUAAUAUUUCAAUUUAUGCGUUUUAAAAGUGUUUUGUCUUUUUAAAUAUCUAAAUGUUGAAGUUGAAAUUGUAAUUAUUUUUAUGAAUUGAUUAUUAUAUUAUAGUUGUAAGCUUAUUGAUUUUUUAUUAGCUAAUGUGUGCACUAUUACGUAAAUAUUAAUUAAUAAGAGACUGAAAUUGUUAAAAUUACAAAGAAAAUACUUAAAAAUUCUUUCGUGUUACCUUAUUAUGAAAUAUUAUUAUAUUUAUAAUCUUUUAAUAGUUACAGAUGUAUUAUGCUUAUAAAGAUAACGGUUUAUGUAGUCAACGCUAUUUGAAUGUGAUAUCUUAGUGAAAUGUUGGUAUUACGGGAUCUCGGGAUUUGUGAACUAAACUUUACCAGAGAUGAGUUAAAAAUAAAGAUUGAAUACCUCGAAGCAAACUUGCGUUCUUUUUUAUGUUCCAGAAUUUAGGUAGCGCCACCAGUCGCUAAAACAUUUUGAGGUCCGUUGACGUACGUUGCCUGUCCGGGUGCCCCCUAUGUGGGGCCAUGAAACUUUUUUUCAGGAAUCUGUGCUUUCACUAGGGGUUCACAACUUCAAAGUGAAAGUACACUUGGACGUCACUUUGUCAUAUCGUUUUGUAAUUUUGUAUGGGGACUGUGAAAGAGUUAAGUAAACAAAAUCUCUUAUAAAGCACUGAGUGUACUGCCAUGUGACGCCAUCUAUAAUAAUGAUGAAAAAACGUAACUUUGAUAAAAGACUUCAAUCAUUAUUAUUUCCUUAUCUUAGCCUUUUUCUUAUAGGCACAGAAUAAAUAAUAGUACUAAUAGGUACAGAAGACUCACUCUAACAAAAUGCGUCUGUUACGAUCAGCACAGAUGUGUGCACAGCGCCACGCGCGGCUUAUGGCUUUCCCCAAAAUUGGGGUGGAACGGAUGUACUUUUAGCUACCUGUAGCAAAGCGACGAAAUCGGGGAGUGAGCCACGCCUGUUAUAGGUUAGAGGUAGUGCGGUAUAGGCGGUUGUUUUAGGUGUGCAAAUAAAACUGAUAUCUUUGUCAAUUUAUAUUAUUCCAAAAUAAACUUUCUUCUAAUACAAUUUACAAAAUCCAUAUAUGCCAAAUGUAAAUUAGUACCUAAAUUCCAAAGCUAUACCAUUAUAAACGGGAGUACAAUGUAUUAGUUUUGCUAGAGAAAAGUUAAAUAAAGGCUUCUCUUUCGAUUGUCGUGUAUAAGAAAGAGACGUCAACAAUUAUUUACAGCCCGACAAAAAAGAGUAGAAAUACAAGAAAGUAAAAAGUGGCAACACUGUAGUGUCACUUUUUAAUUUCUACUCUUUUUUUGUCAGACACAUUGCUUUCUAUGAACUAAUGUUGAAAAUUUAUAUAAAGUAGGAUAACAUUAUUUUCAAUUAUAUGGUUAUUUAAUGUAUACGUUAUAAAAUAUGCUUUCAAUUUGUGUAUACAAUAACCGAUUUUUGAUUUUUCUUCUUAUCAAUAUAAGUAGUCUGAUAUUUAGUCAAUAUUUUAAGGCGAUUCACCUAACACAUUAUUAUCACUAACAAAAUGUAUUGUGGUAUUAAGUUUGACAAUAAAGCUUCCUGUUCA